UGUUAUUGUAUUGUACUCACGCGCCACCAGGGGGCGGAAUCGCACCAAAUCGUUGUUUGCAAACCGCCAAUGAACCCCAGAGAAGAAGAAGAAUAUAGGCUAGUAGAAUCAGUAGAAUCCAUAGUAUAUAAGGUAGAAUCACACGUAGCCAUAGCUUGUAGCCUACUGGACUGAUCGAUGAUCGAUGUAAACAGAUAACAGUAAAAGAGAGACUUUGAUAGAAGCGUUGCUGCUGUCCGCCGGCUGAUCGGAGGAGCUCGGCUGGGCUCGGCUGGGCUCGGCUGGGCUCGGCACGGCUCGGAGACAACACACACGGCCGCUGUGACGUAGCUUUGGAGAGAGUCAGACGCGGGGAAAUUCAAGCGGAGGAUCAGAAACGAGCCGGUCUGUUCGGCGUCAUGGUUCAGGAGUUUCACGUCGUCAGGUGUUUCAGCUGUCAGAGCUUCCAGGUUCACCAGGUGAAGAAAGUGAACAGGUGGAGCUGUAAACUGUGUGGAGAGAAACAGUCGUUGAAGAAGGAGUUUGGGCGGGGCUCCGGGGCCGACUGCAGACGUCAUGUCCAGAAGCUCAACGCCAUGAGAGGAGCCGUGAUGGAGAAGCAGGAGCACCACACCUGGUCGCUAUGGAAACAGGAAGUAGAAGAAGAAGAAGAACACGAGCAGGAGAGUCCUGGGAGCCGCUGGAGUAAAUACCUGCCCCCCCCUGAGGAGGCGGAGCCAGAAGACGAGGACGAGCAGCUCCAUAGCAACAACCCAGCUGACAGGCAGCAUCUCCAUGGCAACAACCCAGCUGACAGGAAGAGGAAGAGAAGAGAGAGACAGACAGACGGAGGACGGAGCAGCUACACACCUGAACAGUUAAACUGGUCUGGGACAACCUCAGCUGAGACCACCAGUUCUCCCAGUACCAGUCUGAACCGGGCCAGCCUAAACCAGCCCAGCAUGAACCGGGCCAGUCUGAACCAGCCCAGGUCCAGUCUGAACCAGCCCAGUUUGAACUGGCCCAGUCCUCCCAGUAUGAGUUCUGGACCAGCCUCCAGGUGGUCUUGUUUCCUCAGUAGUUCUGAGAGUCAGACGGAGGGGGCGGAGCCUCCGGUCAGUGGGAGGAGUCAGGCAGUGGGCGGAGCUACCUUGCUGCCCUGUAAUGAUGUCAUCACCCAGGGGGCGGAGCCUCUGGUCAGUGGGAGGAGUCAGGUAGUGGGCGGAGCUACCUCGCUGCCCUGUAAUGAUGUCAUCUCCCAGGCCCGGCCCCGCCCCCUACUUCCUGUUUCCUCCAUGUUUGACAGCGGCGAGGAUUUCAGCUUCGACGACUUUGAGAUAAACUGAAUCUGUGAUUGUUCAUUUUUUUUGUCAAUCAGUUAACCAACCAAUCGUUACCGUUCUAUCACAUCAAAAUAAAAUAUAUUUUGUACAUGUUUGUUUACACAAAAAGACAUACUGUAUUUGUACUGUACUAUGUAGUUUGUAUUCCUACUGUUAUUUCAAAAAUUAAACACAUUGUA